AUGAAAGCAUACGAUGCACUGAGAGAUAAAAAGUGGGCACAAGAGCUGUACAGUAAUAAGGAAAAAUGGGCGGAGGCUUUCAUGGUGGGACAAUUUUAUGCAGGCAUGAGAAGCACCCAAAGAUGUGAGUCCAUAAAUAGUACAUUGAAAACGGUUAUAACAUCAAAAAUAAUGUUGUAUCGUUUUGUGGAGUUGUAUGACCAAGUCCUUGAGCAUAUACGAUUUGAAGAAGAUAAAGAUGAUUACAUCUCAACACAUACAUUUCCAGUAAUAACUGGGGUCUUGCCUGAAAUUAAGACACAAGCAGCACGAACCUACACAAGGAACGUGUACAAUUUGUUUUUGAAGGAAUUAAGUUUUGAAUCAGGACACAUUGUGACCAAGACUAAGGAAGAAAAAGGACAUCGUGAUGGGGCUCCAACCACUUUUUGGUUAAACGACUGUGUGAACAAAGAUUGCAAUUACGUUGUGUGUUACAACCAGAAACUGCAACAAAUGGUUUGUUGUUGUAUGAAGUACAACUCCAUUGGUUUACCAUGUCGACAUAUGUUUGCAGUAAUGAAGUUCAAAGGAAUGGUUGAGAUACCAUCCGGUUGUAUUCUUCGUAGGUGGACAAUCAGAGCCAAGGUGCAUCUGCAGAAUACAUACAAGGAGCAUGAUUUUCAGAAGAGAAACGACCAGGCAUCAUCAAAUGGACGUUAUGCAUUCCUCACUGGAUUAAGUGCACAACUUUGUAGAAUGGUUUCUUCAUCGUAUGAUCGAUCAACUUGGGUGAGAGACAAGUUAGCAAAAAUGCUGUUGGAAAUUGAAAAUGAGAAAAUAAAUCCCAAGGAAAAGGACAUCUUAAAAGACCAAAAGGUUAAUAAAGGAAAAGGCAGGGGUAGACCCAAAAAGAGUGAAGUCAAAACCACUAGGAAUGAUAAUAUAGUCCAGGGCAUUCAAAUUGGUCGUGAUGUUCAUGAUAUCACUCACGUGGUUCAUAAAGCUCCAACAACUUCUGAAACAAAAACGUCACCGAUCAAAAGUGGUGGUUUCGUUGAGCUAUUGAGAAACUUCAUGCCAAGGACAUACAAUACUGGCAAUGCAGCAAACGCGACCGAUUGUUAUGAAGUCAGUGCAUUUGAAAAGUUUCCCACCAUCUUCGAUUGGGACCCAAAUACGGAUUUUUAG